AUGUCUCGUAUGUACCGAUUGUGCCGGACGCUUCGGCCCGCCCGAGGGGCUCCCCUGCGGCCUCUCGCCUUACAAACAUUAACCCGAUGCGGUUUCUCCACCAGCGCUUCGCACUCGUUGAUGGAAUUGACGGGUUUCAGUGAGGAGCAAUUAACAGUCCGCGAUGCUGUGUCGGCCGUCUGCGCCAAUUUUCCCAACACAUAUUGGCAAGAUUGCGACCAAAAUGAGCGUGACCCCAAAGAGUUUCACGCCGCUCUAGCUAGGGAUGGAUGGCUGGGAAUUGCCCUGCCCGAGGAGCUGGGAGGCGCGGGUCUUGGAAUCUCCGAAGCGACAAUGAUGAUGCAAACCAUCACCCAGUCGGGGGCAGGCAUGGCCGGCGCCCAGGCCAUUCAUGCCAAUGUAUACGCCACGCAACCGCUGGCUCGAUUCGGGACGCGUGAGCAACUCGAAGAGACGAUUCCCAACAUCAUCAACGGCACAUGGCGCACAUGCUUUGGUGUAACGGAGCCCAACACCGGUCUGGAAACACUGAAGCUCAAGACGCUAGCCACCAAGAUUCCUUCCCGCGAUGCUUACUCUGUGUCUGGACAGAAGAUCUGGAUUACCUGCGCCCAGGUGGCAUCGAAGAUGAUACUCUUGGCGCGAACGACGCCGCUGGAGGAAGUGACCAAAUCUACGCAGGGACUAUCCAUGUUCUGCAUUGACCUGGACCGUAGCCAACCGGGGCUGGAAAUGCGCAAGAUCAAGAAGAUGGGUGGACGAGCAGUGGAUGCCAAUGAGGUGUUCUUCGAUCAGUACGAAGUUCCCGCACAGACGCUUAUUGGUCGGGAAAACGAUGGAUUUCGAAUCAUCUUGCACGGCAUGAACGCGGAGCGCUGUCUGCUGGCGGGCGAGGCACUGGGCCUGGGCUAUGCAGCGCUGGAGCGAGCAGCACAGUACGCGAAGCAUCGGGUGGUUUUUGGACGGCCUAUCGGGCAGAACCAGGGGAUAGCGCACCCGCUGGCGGAUGCAUACAUGAAGCUGGAGGCGGCCAAGCUGGCGACGUAUCAUGCGGCACGGCUCUAUGAUGCAUCGAAGCAGGAUGAGAGCAUCCCCUUGCACUCUGUUGGGGUGGCGUGUAAUAGUGCCAAAUAUGUGGCUGCGGAGGCAGCGUUUACGGCGUGUGAACGUGCGGUGCUGAGCCAUGGGGGGAUGGGAUACGCAAUGGAAUACGACGUAGAGCGGUUUCUACGUGAGUGUCUGGUGCCGCGGAUUGCGCCGGUCAGUCGCGAAAUGAUUCUAAACUAUGUGAGUGAGAAGGUGCUACAGCUACCGCGCAGUUAUUGA